AUGGCCAGCCUCCUCACGAACAUCCUCGCCUUCAUCACUGGCCAAUGGAGCCUCAUCUCCCCGGACUGGAGGGACCCCGCCUCCCACGAUCCCAGCUGGUACCGGUACGUCCGCGCCAGUAAGUCCAAGACGAUCUUCCCGGCGCGGGUUCUGCCAGAUCUCACGCGCGGGGACGUCGCGAACCCCUCGGGGCUGGUCACCGGCGAAGGCGGGCCGACGAUCCUCACCCGGCUCUCCGAGUCUGAUGAGAUUCCGUCCGUGACGGUGGACUUUGGACAGAACACCGUCGGCAUCGUCUCCAUCUCCUUUGCCGGGUCUGAAACGCCGGACGGGGCGGGUGACGCCGCAAGGCCCGGGAUCCGGCUGGCGUUCUCCGAGACACUGCAGUUCCUCAGCAACGUGAGCGACUUCUCGCGGUCGUAUAACGGGGACACGAUCACGCCCGGCAGCGAGCAGAUUGCAGUCCGCAGCGAGCCGUACGUCUGGACCGCGCAGCACGGGUGCCAGUACCCGGGCGACGGCGGCGGCAAGGGCAAGGUCUGCGUGGACGGGCUGCACGGGUUCCGGUACCUGCGGAUCUACCUGGACGCGCUGCCGUCGGACGCGCCGUACACGGCGCCGCGCGGGCAGGUGAAGAUCGCGUCGGUGAGCCUGGCGCUGUCGGCGUUCCACGGGACGCCGGAGACGUUCCGGGGGUGGUUCGAGUGCAGCGACCGCGAGCUGACACGGUGGUGGUUCGACGGGGUGUACACGAACGACCUGUGCAUCGACACGUUCCGGGCGGAGGACAUUGAGCCGCGGGACGCGGACAGCGAGUUCCUGGAGGGCCGGCUGGUGAUCCACGACGCGCCGAAGCGGGACCGGGACCCGUAUGUUGGGGACCUGGCUGUGGCGGCGCUGACUGCGUUUCUGUCGCACGGGGGCCUGGUGGCGGAGGCGAGCGGGAAUGUGUUGGCGGAUCUGGCGAGGCGGCAGAGGGCGGAUGGGUGGAUUCCGCCGGCGAGCAUCCACGACUAUGUGUGGUACACCGGCGAUAUGGGCUAUCUCGAGACGUACUACCAGAAUCUGCUGGCUGUGAUGGACCAGUGGUAUCCCUCCAUUACGAACCCGGAGACGGGUCUGGUCACGAAAGGGCUGAACGGGACGGGCGGGUACGGCGACUACGCUUUCCUCCCAAGGCAGGGGCCGGUAACGUAUUACAAUGCUCUGUACGUGCUUGCCCUGCGGCGGGCGGCGGAGAUGGCGGCGCAGCUUGGGAAGACGGCGGACCAAGAGAGGUGGAACUCGCGCGGGGACGACGUUGCCAAAGCGCUGGCCCAGAGGAACUUUGACCAGAGCGUCGGCGCAUUCUACGACGGCACGACGGGGGCGGACUCGGACUCGUACGUGGCCGCGCACGCGCAGGACGGCAACAGCAUCGCCAUCCUCGCCGACGUCGUGUCCGGGGACAAGGCCAAGGGCGUGCUGGCGUACUACGCCAGCGCGGCGUCGCGGGCGUACGGCAACGCGUUCUACGACUCGGACGCCGUGGGCCAGGGGUUCAGCCAGCGGGUGUACGCGUUCGUCUCCUACUUUGAGCUCGCGGCGCGGCUGAAGGUCGACGACGGGGACGGCACGGCGGAGGGCGCGGUGGAGGAGAUGAAGCGGCUGUACGGGUGGAUGGGCGGGCAGGACCCCGGGGUGACGUUCUGGGAGGGCAUCGGGCCGGGCGGCAGGCCGUAUGAGGACGGGUACACGAGCAUGGCGCACGGGUGGAGCACGGGGAUCGUGCCGCUGAUGAGCUCACGUGGAGUGUGA